CGAGCUGCGGUGUAGUUGGUACUCUGGAACCCUGCAUCGUGUUCUCUCAUCGCAUUUGAAAAAAAAGUAUUCAAUGUGUGGUCAUCCCGACAGCCAUGGAUACUGAAUCGCGCCCCUCCAGUCCUCAAGGACCAUCUCAAAAUCACCCCUCUACCCCGCAAACAGAUAGAAGAAAGUCUGGCCGAGUCGUCCGCAAACCCGAGUUAUUUUCCCAAACCUAUACCCCCACGGAUGCUACAGGCGGGGCCAAGCGCAAGCGUGGCUCAGCUGCUCGUGAUGACAAUGAAGAAGACGAGGACGAUGAGGGUGGUCACGAAGACGCGUCCGAGUCGGACAAUGAUGAGAUCAGUGAUGAAGAGCCAGACGAGGAAGAGCUGAAAGCGAAGAAGCGCGCAGCGCGCAAAACAGCGGCCAAGAAAGCAGCCUCCGGAUCCAAAGGAAAGGCCAAACCACGAACACAUGCUGCGAAGAAGGUCAAGAUAGCUGGGAAUGGAAUUGGAGGCCAGCUAGUCUUGCGGCCCGCGACCAAUGGAAAGGCAGCUUCUCGUCCCAAGAAGCCCAGAGUGCGACCCAGUCUUGCUGCUGGCGAAACCGGUCUAUACGGGGAGGUCUUUGGAAAGGGCCAUGCCGUUGAUACCGCCGCGGCGGAGUGGCUUACGCAUUACCAGAAAAACCAGUCGACUGCAAUGUGCGACAUGGUAAACUUCAUGCUCCGAUGUACCGGAACCGAUCUCGAGGUAUCCACUGAGGAUGUCGAGGACGUUGACCACGCCCCGGUGCGUGUCAAAGAUAUACAGGACCAAUAUUACGCCCAAGGCAUCUCCGAAUACCCCCUCAUCUCGAAAGCAAGAAAGUUCAGGGCCUUUCAGCCAAUUUUGGAAGACUUCUUCACUUCACUGAUCCAGACUUUCCACCAUUCGUCAGUUCUGUACACCGACGAAAAUCUAUUUGAAAACAUCCAAAUAUGGCUCUCCUCCCUGUCCACUUCAUCCUGCCGACCGUUUAGACAUACAUCGACCAUCGUCUCCCUAUCAAUCAUGAACUCAUUGUGUGAUGCCGCGCGCGAAUUGAUGACUACUGUUUCUACUUCCCGCAAACAACUUGAAAGCGAAAAGAAGAAGAAGUCAGUGAAUAAGGGAAGAGCGGAUGCCAUCGAAGCAUCUGUUCAAGAGAACGAAAAGAAAUUGGAGACCAUCGAUGAGUUCCUCAAAGACGGGUUCAACAUUGUGUUUGUUCAUCGUUAUCGGGAUGUUGACCCAAGGAUUCGCUCCGAGUGCAUGGCAGCUUUAGGACGGUGGAUGCGCACUUACAGAGAAUACUUCUUUGAAGGGCAAUUCCUUCGAUACUUUGGCUGGAUCUUGUCAGACGCCAAUGCCCCAACUCGCGCUACAGUCAUAGCCCAGCUUCACAGUCUGUACGAAAACAAAGACAACAUUGUUGGCCUGCGCUCUUUCACCGAGCGUUUCCGUCACCGCAUGGUCGAGAUGGCUGCACAGGAUGCAGACAUCGGAGUGCGUGCCUCUGCUGUUGAGUUACUCGAUCUGAUCCGCGAUGCGGGGUUGAUCGAACCCACCGAUGUUGACACGGUUGGCCGGCUGGUAUUUGAUUCGGAGCCUCGAAUUCGAAAGGCAGCUGGUUCGUUCUUUGUCGCUAAUGUUCAAGAUGUAUUCGAUUCCACCACCGAGGAAGUGGGAGACGAAAUCAAUGAGAUGUUUGGCGACGAGGACGAAGAUGAUUUCGAAUCCCCCAAGCGUUCAUGGAUCAAAUUCAAAUGCUUGACUGACAUUCUUCAAGCAUACGAUGAGCAAGAGAAUGAGCUAAAACCAGAAAGGACAAGCUCCGCACCACGCGAUGCACUUUCUGGUGCCCCGGUCGACUCCCGAUUUGUCCUUGCAACUGAGGCUAUCUACCCACACUUUGAGGAAUUGGCUCAAUGGCAAUCGUUGGCAGGCUAUCUUCUUUACGACCACUCGCAGAUCGAAGAUAACCCCUCGGAGGACGAUGCCUCUGGAAUAGUCAGGAACAUGUACAAGAUGCAAGAAGGACAAGAGGUGACCCUUUUGGAGGUGCUAUGUUGCGCAGUCAAACUCCGGGUUCUCGACGUAGCCAAAUCGGACAUCGACAGGAGGGGUCGCAAGGUCAAGGCCUUGACCGAAAAAAUCCCCGAAUUACAGGAAGAGAUUGCACAUGGUCUUGCACAGAUUAUCCCGCAGCUUCUGAACAAAUACGGCUCUGUACCCGAAGCUGCGUCUGCAGUUCUCCGACUGGAGCACUUGGUUGACUUGGAUAAGAUUCAGGACCUCCAGAAGGAUGCCACGGCUUAUACUUCGUUACUGAAUGAUAUCAACAAGCAAUUCCUCACGCAUUCCGACCAAGAUGUCCUAGCAGAAGCAAGCGUCGCUUUCCUCCACGCGAAGAGCUCCGAUGACAUGCGGGAGGCUCUGGAAAGCAAAGUUCAGGAACUAUGGGAUGACAUGGUGGACACGCUCAGUACGUUGUCUCAGAAGAAGGAUGUUCAAGAGGGUAGCUCGAUAUCCAUUGGUACCCUAACCGAGCUCACCAACACUGUGACAAGGAUUUCCAACCUCGCCAGUGUCACUGACUGUGUACAAAUACUUGAAACGGUGCCCUCGUCUCGGUCAAAAGGCAAGAAGAAGGGCAACCUGGAGGCACCUUUUAAUGGUCUUAUCCACCUUGCGGAGCGCGGCCUUCUUGGCGAGGAUGAGGAUGAGGAUGUUGCCAAGGCAGAAACUGAAUUGGUCACAAGUAGUAUAAGAACGCUGCUCUUCUAUUUUAUGUGGAAGGUGCAGUCCAUGGCAACAGCCUUGGGUGCUGGGAAAGCACCAUUCAGCACAGCAUACUUUGAAGCCUUGGCGAAGGGCCGUGAGACUUUCGUUGCGACACUUGUCGCCAUCAUGCGGAACCGCUCUGGCUUGGAUGAGAUACGCUUUGCGGCAACCACAACACUUUUGGACUUGCAGACUUUGUUUGGUACCCUUCGUCACGCUGGACAGACUGCAAGUAAUGACGAAGAUGUUCUCCUUCAGACCCAAGGCUUGGUUCACGAGAUUGACUCUAAUGCGCAGGCACUCGUGGCUAAGAUUCACGGAGUAGCUGAACGCACAUAUGCUAAGAAGUCACGCCGACCGUUGGAACCUGCUGAGGACGACGCACCGGCGUCUGAUGAGUCAGAUGUCGAAAAAGACCCUUCGGAUGACGAAGAAGAAUCGGGAUCUGAAGAAGAAGCAGUACGCCAUGAGCGCCUGCGGUCCACUAUCAUUGCAGAACAGAGGCUAUGCGAACUGACUGGUAAAAUUGUCCUGGCCAUUAUAGGCCGCAUAAUCGACGCUUCGGGAUCGCAUCAGGGCCAACUGAAGCAAAGAAUCCUGCGGCACAAAUCUCACCUGGGCCAGAACUACCGUGAGGUUCUGUCUUUCCUCGAUGAACGUAAACCUAGGAGUGCUCGAACCCCUCGGUCCAAGGGCAAACAACCCACAAAUGAGGAUACAGGCAAUGACCAAGGCGGUUCUGGUAAACGUUCAAACGAGCACAAGUCUGCCGAAAAGGUUGACAACGAGGACGAAGGAGAUGACGAUGGCGACGAGGACGUCAAUGCGGAAGAAGACGAUGAAGAGGACUUGCGAGCCAGAGGUCUCGUUGAGGAGGAUAAUAUCGACCAAGAUAACGACGAUGAGGAAGACGCAAAUCCUACAGGACAAGAUCCAGAAGAUGAGGAUGAAGUGAUGGGCGACUGAGACAAUUGAAACCACCUACCUCAUAUCUUGGCCUGUCUUGCUUGAUUUUCUAUCUCCUAAAUCUCGGAUUCCCACCAUGAUUUCGCUCUCUUCUUCUCCUAUCCAAUGCACAC